AUGAAGAAUAUUACUCGUCCAAAACCCAGCAUCAUGGUGACUGGAAGCUCCUCGACAACCAACUCCGCAUCCCAAAGCGGCACCUCAACCUCCGGCUUCUCCAGAGCCUCCACAAUCUUAACCACCCCGGACUCACCUUCAUAUCUGUCCGAGACCCUCAAUGCCAAACUAGAGUCAAUCGCUCUCCAAAGACAAGAAAGCGAAACAUUCACAAGCAACGCGGCAAGCGAGAUUCCAGCCUGGGAUCGAUCAGGACCCCUCCCAGUCACCAACAACGAGCAACCUGAGAUUCCAGCUUGGGACAGAUCUGGCGAUGUCCCAUUCACACACGAGGAUGUCGUUUUUGAAGACCACCACCUCUUAGAGUGGAGAUCAACUUUUGCAGAGGAGACAGAGAAUGAUAGCGAGAUGUUGGGUCGCGAGUACCUCGAGGCCCAUCUUACUCCCUCAGAUACGUUCAAGUUGUCUUACUACCUCGAGAACCUCGCCGAAGAGCUUGAACACCACUGGCAACAAUAUCUCACCCAAUACUUUGCCGACCAUAAUGAGAUGCAGACGAGCGCAUACCUGGAGAACUUCAAGAAGUUCAUCGAGCGAAUUGAACUCCUCACCGGAGCCAGAGACACGUACGUCCCCCAGGAAAGACCACUCAGCGUCGCCUCUUCCAACUUCAGUGACGACAGUUUCUACUCAGCAUGCGAGACUGAAGAGGCCUACUCGGAUGUAAUCGAGGUCUAUCCUCUAAGCGAGGUCACAGAAAGGGGACGAACAUCAACCAACAACUUCGUCAGCGGCCCAUCCACAGAGCGUCGUUUCGUUGUCGCAGAUGGCCUCCGACGACCACAGUCCCUCGAGGACAUCAUAAAUCUGCAUCCAGCGCUCCAAAGCCGUCCAACCGAGCUACGCCGCGAUGUAAACCUGUGCAAAGUAAAAGUAUACAAGCCAUACUACACGCCACCAAACGGCGAGGGCGUCCACGUCUCCAUAGAAACCGCACCAGACGACCCACAAAUGAGCGGUGGUCGAUCACCUUGUCUCUCCCGUUGCUCGUCAAGAGCUUCAAUUGCCAGAGUAGAGGCCACAAAAGCGGAUUUCGUGCGGACGAAGACCUUCAAGACCAGCAUCCUCAGCAAAUUGAGCAUCGGUGCAAAAGCACCCAAGAGUCCAACGGAAACCAAGGAGUAUAAGAAAAAUGCGAAACGCAUGGAUGGUCUCAUCGGGAUGGAUGAGAAUUAUGUACCUUCUCUGGCCGAGUUGAAGGAGAGACCGGCGCGACGUAAGAGGUUUGACAAGUUCCGCCGGCAGAUGAAGUUCUGGCGAUCCAAGGAGAAGUCGGAGGACGUCCUUGAUUCGCCAGAGGUGGAGGCAUGA